AGGUGUCGUGUGGAGGAUUUGGGGCUGAUGGCGGAGGAGCGACCGUGGGCGUUGGUGUCGGAGGUGGGUGGCGAAUUCGGCCUACUGGAGGAGAUGGCUGACAUGAUUCGUCAACACUUCCACAUCGUCUCCUUCGAGGACUUUCUUCAGAACCCGCGGCUGUACGCUGCCAGGAUCCAGGUCCUGCUCAUGUGGAAGUACUACCCAGAGGCGGAGCUCGGCCUGCUCAGGUCGCUGCCCUCCCUCAAGGCGGUCGUAUGCGGCGGGGUGGGCGUGGACCACCUGGACGUGCGCGCCAUCAACAGCCUGGGGGUGAAGGUGUCCAACACGCCUGGCGUGGGCUGCGACGCCACCGCCGACUUAGCCGUGGGUCUGCUGCUGGCCUCCGCCAGAAACAUCCUCCAAGGUCACCAAAUUUCCGUGGACCCGGGCACGGUCCGCAUGACCCAAAGCCUCAUGGGAGUUGAAGUGACGGGGUCGACUCUGGGAAUCAUCGGAAUGGGCGAGAUCGGCUACAAGAUCGCUCAGAGAUGCAAAGGCUUUGAAAUGAAGAUUUUCUACCACAACAGAAGCAGAAGGAGCGCGGAGGACGAGCGCGCCGUCGGCGCCAAUUACUGCCAAAGCCUGAGCGACCUGCUGAAGAGGUCGGACUUCGUCCUGAUCGCCGUCAAGUUGACCUCUGACACUGACGGCCUUGUCGGCCAAGGAGAGUUGGCGCUCAUGAAGCCUUCGGCCACGCUGAUCAACGUCAGCCGAGGUCAAGUCGUGGACCAGGACGCUUUAGUCCGAGCGCUCCAGAAGGGAAGCAUUCGUGCCGCCGCCGUAGAUGUGACUCAUCCAGAACCGUUACCGAGGGACCAUCCUCUGCUGGGGCUUCCUAACGUGCUCAUCACGCCCCACAUUGGCAUCAGCACGGUGGCCACCGCAAAGAGGAUUGUCGGCUGCAUGCUGCAAAACGCUGUGGCUGCAGUAAAAGGCCUUCCCCUUCCCAAUGAAGUCGCCAUCAAGUGACUCAAGCGUGCCGCACUCUCAUAUUACAAAAUAAAAGUGCAAAUUACCGUCCCCUCGGAUAUUGCGUGCAAUCGCAACAAUCCCCUGACACAAAACUAAUAUGAGCAACAUCAGAGCAAUCUCACCGCAGCGUUUA